UUACAAUUUUUUUUAAAUUGAAAUCGUUGGAGUUGCAAAUAAUAAUAAUAAUAACUCACAUUCCCAAACUUUGCCCGGUUUUCCGUUACUCAGAUCAUCGAGUCUCCAACAAACAACACGACAUGAGCAGAGAGUAAUAACAAAAUUACCAAAACACCCCUUUAAGGUCUGUUGGUAUAUUAGAGCUCUGCUUCUUCUUCUUCCAUCUUCCCCAAGAGGACUUCUGAUUUUGGGUUGUUGACUGGAGCCGAGACAAAAACUACCAUCUGGUAGCUACUAUAGAGAAAUCGAAUUCAAAAUGUGGGUCCGAAGAAUUUCGCACUGAAUAUAUAAAUAUACACGUAUAAAAGGGCUUCGCCGCUUCGCCCCGAAAUGGGCUUGUUCUGAAAUUUCUAUUUUGGUCUUCGCUAUUUCGUGAUCGAAUUCGAUAUGAGUGUUUCGAGAAAAUGGAAGUUUGAUUUGGGUUUCGUAGACGGGAAUUUUUUUUUUAAGGUGAUGGUCAUAUUAUACGUGAUGAUUCAAGACUGAAAGGUCUUUUCUUUUCCUUCUUCGUUUCCACUAUUUUCUUUUUGGCCAUUUUCAAUUUUAGAGAUUGUAUAUUUAUUCGAAAUGGGUGAUAUGUGAUCGAACUGAGUAGAAAUCUUUAGUGGGAAUUUUCUUUUGUUAGAGAAAAGGAUUGAAAUUCUGUGAAUAGAAACAUUGCAUGUGUGUUUUUUGGUUUGGUCGAUAUAGUAGUUUUCUGCCAAAAUGUCCGGUGGAACGCCGGUUGCCGGCGGACUUAUGAGACAUAGGCAUAGCCAGGGUUAUGCGUCUAGUGGUGAUGAUCUUGAGGAUGAUGCGUGCUCUAGGAUGCGAUAUUCAAUGGAGCCAACUCCAAGAAUUUGGUCACGAAUGGAGAUUUUGGAGAACAUCCUUUGGCUUAUUUCAGCAGCCUUUAUUGUCUACUAUGGUGAUAGGCAUUCCAACUUGAUAUACCUUCUCUGGCAUGAUGGUCGAAUCAGAAGAAUGCCUUUAUACAUUGGGAUGGUGGGGGUUGUUUUGAAUUUUAUCAUCUUUUGUUAUACAACUAUACUAGCAUGGAGUGCUAAGAGAUUUGAUGAAAAGUGGGAAAUAACGAGUACAUCGGCUCUGCCAUUUGUCACUCUUCUUGGAAUGAUCUCGUAUUUCUUGUUCACCUUUGCUUUGUGGCCAAUAUGGGGUUUCUUAACACUUCCUCUUUUGUUCACGUUGUUUAUGGCAUACAUGAUUACUUUACCUUACUUCAUAAUUGGGACAUUUAGGCCACAAGACGACGAGUUCCGUACAGAUUAAAUUUACUCGAGCUCAAGAUAGAUUUUAGGAACAUGGACAGAUUUUAUGAUGAUAAAUCUGCUAUAAAUUCUUUAUUUCGUGAAGCUUCUGGUUCUGAUGCCAAAUUUCCAAGACGAUGACCACCGGCAACAAGUUGAUUGUCUUUUAAUCAAUCAUCCUUGAUUUUUACAUGUCAUCCUUAAUUUGAUAGUAGCCUGAUGACAUUGUUGGGGUUUCAACCUAACUUGUACUGAAACGGUUGGCAUAUGAUUCUGUAUCAGUCUGGGAUAAUCAGAAAAUUACAGUUGUGUUGAUCAAAGAAAAUUUCCCUUUAUACAGCAUCUUCUGUCAUCUGAAGAUCUUAUUUCUGUAGUGUGAAUGGAUAUUGAUAUUGUGUUUCGGUUUCAUGUGUUUAGUGAUACAAUUAUAAAAGAAAAAAAAAAGAUCACUUGUUCCAA